UCGAAUUCUUCAACUAAAAGAGCCAUCACCUCCUUUCCAAUCCAGUUUUGAAAUUUCUCAGCGUUUCCCGGUUACCAAACAACCAAACCCUCUUCCUUUCCCCAACGAUCAAAAUAUGUCCGCAGAUAUCGCAAUCAACCCAGACCGAAUCAAAAACUUCUUCAACCACCUCGACACCCGCCAAUCCCUCCUCGCAACCGUCACUCACCUCCACAAAACCCUAACCCACCACUUCUCCUCCUUGGACCAAUCCCUGUCCCAAAGGUCCCAAGCCCUAGACUCCCAAAUCCAAGCCCUAGACUCCCAAACAGAAGAAACCCUAAGUUCCCUCGAGACUCGAGAAAAUGCCAUCUCGGACAGGCUGGCCGUCGCCGCCGCCCGCAUCGAGAGCCGGAAACAGGCCGCCGUCUCGGCCGCGGCAAGCGGAGGAGAGAGGAGGGUGGUGAGGGAGUACUGUAGGGUUAUGGAUUGGAAGGGGUUGUUAGGGUUUGUGCUGGCGAAGAAGGAGGAGGCUGUGGGGGACAGGUGGGAGGGUACGGCGCUGAGGGAGGAGAUCGCGGCGGCGGUGGCGGAGGAGGCGGUGGACGGGAUGAGGAUGGUGCUCGAGGCGGUGGAGGAGUUUGUCGAUUCGAGGGUGGAAGGGAAGCUCACGGCGUUGGCGGAUAGGCGGUGGGCGUGCGGGGUUUUGAUUCAGGCGGUGGUGGAGACGGGCGGUGGGGGAGACGGGGGUGGUGUGGGGAGGGGGAUGAAGGAGAGGGCGGUUGGGGUUUUGGAGAAGUGGAAGGGAGUGAUGGGACGGGAGAAAGGCGGGUAUGGGUCCGGAGGCGGGUUUGGGUCUGGUGAGGCUAGGAUGUUCUUGCAGAUUGUGAUUGGGUUUGGGUUGAAGGAGAUGGUUGGGGAGGAGUAUUUGAGGAAGUUGUUGGUUCAGUACACGACAAAUAGGCAGAUCGGGCAAUUCGCAAAGCUGGCUUGGACUUUGGGUUUGGCGGACCAAAUUAAAGAUAUCGUUGAGGAGUUGGCAAAGAGCCGGAAAAAUGCAGUGGAAGAGGCGAACGACUUAGAGUUGAAUGCCACAGUAGCUAUGCUAAAAUGUGCGGAAGACAACAAGCUUGAAUCGAAGUCCACCAUUGAUAGUCUCUGGAAGCGAGUUCAGCAGCUGGAGAAGGCCAAGGAGGAACACAAAAAGAAGAGUGCCCCCACAUCUACAAGCAAGCCUCCUAACAAGCGAGGCCGAAGAGGUGGUGGUGGUCCACCCUCUUACCCGCCCAAAUCGGGGAGAUUCUCCAAUGCUUCCCCCACUUCCCGGUCGCUUCAGGCGACACCUGCCACAUUUCGCACCCCAUACAAGAAUGCCAGCCGCAACAUGUACGAGGGUCCAGGUCCAGCCUCUUAUGGGCCAGGAUAUGGUGGAGCUGUUGGGGGCAGGGCAAGUGGAUCGUAUGGUGGGGCCCUGACAGGUGGAUCUUAUGGUGGGGCCCCAGCAGGUGGGUUGUACGGUGGGGCCCCAAUAGGUGGGUCGUACGGUGUGGACCCGGCAGGUGGACCGUAUGGUGGGGCCCAGGCAGGUGGAUCCUAUGGUGGACAUGGAUCGUACGCAGGGCCGAGGAAUUUCGGUUCGUAUGAUCGUAGUGCUGCACCUCCACCUCCAUACCCUCCAUACCAUCAUUAGUGUAGUAAGGAUCAGGAUAUCCCCAUUUAUUUGGAGGACUUGGGACGCUGAAUGCCUGAAUCUUAGUGUUACUACUUGGGUAACGCGAUCUUCAGUAAUGAAAUUAAAAGUUGUUACUA